AGGAGGAGGAGGAAGGGGAGGAAGGAGAUGACACAUCGGAUAUACAAGAAGACAAGGAGCCUCUGGAAGUGAUGAUCCGGGCGGUGAAGCCUGUUUUCGGCCUUGGGGAGACACUCAGGGCUGAGUCCAAGCCCGACACGCCCAUGAAAAGCCACACGCAGGCAGUCGAACCUCCAAGACUACAGAGAGCAGGGGAGUCAGAGGCCUUGGAAACCGGUACAGGCGUACCUGGAGAAGUGCGCUCAGCACAGGGACCCAGCUCGAGCUCGCUGGACCAGGAGAAGAAGGCCUCAGCCUCGGCCUCUGCCUCUUCCUCCUCGUCUUCCUCUUCCUCCUCCAUGCCCUAUUCUACCUCCAGCUCUGCUGUUCCUUCCCUGGAGAACACUGAAGCAGUUGCAGCCCCCGAGCCCAGGGGGAGAUUCUUGGAGCCCUGGGCUCCCCCGAGGAAAUCUCUGGUGCUCAGCUCCCACAAGGACUCGCUCUUGAAGAAGGACAGCUUUGUCCCCACAUACCCCCUGACCAUGGACUGGACCUAUGGCUGGAACAGUUCGCUUCCCGUCUACUACCUUCGGGACGAAGCCGAGAAGGUGCUUCUCUACGCCAGUGGCCAUACAGCUAUCAUCUACAAUGUCGCCAAGAACAGUCAAUACCACCUACAGGGUCACCCCAACAUCAUCUCCUGCUUCUGUGUGAGUGAGGACAGGCGGUGGGUCGCCACAGCCGACAAGGGCCCCGACUGCCUCAUCAUCAUCUGGGACUCCUUCAGCGGCAUUCCUGUGCACAGCAUCUUUGACAGCUGUCCCCAGGGAAAUGGCAUCCGGGCCAUUGCCCUGUCCCACGACGCCAAGUUCCUGGCGACCAUCUCCGACGAUGAGGCCCAGAAAGUCUGCAUCUGGAGGUGGACGUUAGCGAUGGAGACGCCGGCCUGCUUCCUCAUCCUUCCUGCCGACUGUGGGGUCCAGAACUAUAUUACUUUUAAUCCAAGAAAUAAUAUGGAGUUGGUGAGCAACAGUAAAACACAAGCAGUAUAUUACUCUUGGAAAAAUGACCAGCUUCUUCACAGUGCCCCACUUCUAACUGAAAAAACAUUCAACAAGCUGGUAGGCAAACUCAGCCAGUCGGUGUUCGACCUGGACGCCACCCACGUCCUCUCGGCCACCCUGGAAGGGAAGCUGGUGGUCUGGGACAUCUACCGCCCAACCCCCUUGGCUGCCCGCACAGGGGCUGUUCCUGCCAUCCGGCCGUGCAAGCUGGUCCACUUGCAGAAAGAGGGCAUCACUGUGCUGACCUCGGUGGACAGCUAUAUCGUGACAGGCGACAUCAAGGGGAGCAUCAAAUUCUACGACCACUCCCUGUCCCUGGUGAACUGGUACAGCGGCUUCAAGCUGAGCACCGUGCGGUCUCUGUCCUUCUCCCGGACCCCUGCAGCACCUCCGUCCAGGGCUGACUACCCCAUCGACUGCACACUGGCUGGCGACCCCUUUGUGGUCAGAAACCUCCUCAUCGCCACCUCGGACGCGACAAUCUGCCACUUAAACGCCGACGGGACCAAGCUGGAGAAGCUGCUGUUGGAGCCCAGAGAUGCCAUCUGCGCCGUCUCUUGCCACCCCUACCAGCCCCUCGUCACCAUGGGCAGUUUCUGUGGGAUGAUCAAAGUGUGGAAUUACGAGAAGAAGAAAUACCUAUUCAGCCGGGUCUUUGAGAAAGGCCUUGGGGUCCAGAGUCUGAGCUACAACCCAGAAGGGAGUCUCCUGGGCGUCGGCUUCACGGACGGGAUGGUGCACAUCCUGGACUCCAUGUCCUUGGAAGACCAGAUCCCCGAGCCUUUCCGCUACUCCAGGGUCGGAGUGACCCACAUCACCUUCUCCUACGACUCCCAGUACAUGGCGACCUCAGAUGUGAGCUUUACCGUGGCGGUUUACAAGAUGGUCGUGAGAAGCGGCCAGCGGGUCUGGGAGUACCUGGCGCGGCUCCGCGCCCACCGCAAGGCCAUCUGCACCGUCCUCUUCGGGAUCCACCUGGACAGCAACGAGCCGCGCCUGCUCAGCCUCGGCACUGACCGGAUGUUGAUUGAAUAUGAUCUCCUCAAGAGCUACAAGGACCACCUGGAGGUCCUGGACAUGCACCGCAUCGACCAGGGCAGUUGGCCCACCUGCAUGGCCUGGUACCCACCGCUGUCUAAGGAGCUCUUCCUGCUCGUGUGUACCAGUGGCUACAAAGUGAAACUCUUGAAUUCUACCACUAAAAUGUGCAGGAAAACGCUCCUGGGACCCGUCUUCGGCUCCCCCAUUCAGCAGAUCCAGAUCAUUCCAGUGAAAACCUUCGUCCAGCUGCAGAGACGCUACCUGGUGUUUAUCAACAAAGACAAGGUGGGCAUCCAGAUCCUGCCAGUGGAUGGGAACCCCCACAAGACCUGCGCCAUGGUGUGCCACCCUGGCGGGGUAUCCAGCAUGGCACUGUCCUACGAGGGCCACUUCGUCUUCACGGCAGGGGGUCAGGACCGGUCCCUGGUGCAGUGGAAGAUCAACCUCGGUGUCCUGGAUGCCUCCGUGUCUCUGGGGGGCAAGGACCUGACCCCCUUCUACAGCAUGGUGUUUGGUGGCAGGGAAGGAAAGUUCUACAGGGACCUGGAGGACUAUUUCUAUUACUCGCAGCUGCGCACUCAAGGUAUUGAUACUAUGGCCAGGCGGCAGGUAGCCCAGCACAUCUCCCUGUCCGAGCUGCCCUUCGUCAUGAGGGCUGUUGGCUUCUACCCCUCAGAGGAGAAGAUCGAGAACAUGCUCAAUGAGGUGCGGUUUGGGGAGUACGUGGAGACGGGGCAGCUCGUGGACAAGAUCAACCUGCCAGACUUCCUCCGGCUCUACGUGAACCACAGGCCCCCCUUCGGCAACACCUUCCGGGACAUCCAGGAGAGCUUCAACACCCUCGGCUACACCAACGCCCAGGGCCAGAAGGCCAUCAGCAGGGACGACUUCCUCAAGCUGCUGAUGACCAGAGGCGAGCACAUGACACAGGAAGACCUGACUGACUGUCUCACCACGCUCUAUGGCCUGAACCCCGAGGGCUGGAAGUCGGAGCCCGCCACCACCUCCAUCAAAGGUUCAGCGAUUUGCUUUGAAGAGGAGCUCCCAGAAGAGAUCACGGCUGAAAUAUUCACUACAGACAUUCUCGGUCUAACCAUGCCCCAGGAUCCCCAAACUCAGUGAUGAAGUUGG